AUGCCGCGUAGUAUCGCAUCUAGCCUUUCGUCGUCAUCUUCAACGUCGUCGCGGAGUAGGAGAGGUAAAGCUGCGAGCUCAGUGGGUUCGAGUAGGAGACAGAGAGGGUAUAGAGGGGGCCAUCAAAGUAGAAGCGCGAGACCAGCCCCUGUGGAAGAAAGUGAAGAGAAUGUAUAUGAGGAGGAUAGCGAAGAUGAAGAUGUGAAUGAAGGGGGAGAGAAUGAGGAAGAUGAAGAAGGAGAAGAGAGUGAGGACGAGGAAGAAGAAGAAACGAAACCUUCCCCGGAAAAACAUCCUCCCCAACGUGCUAGUCCAAGAAGAAGAAGGAAAGGUACUUCCAGUGGCUCAUCUGGACAUUCAGCAGAAUCCUCUCGAGGAUCCCACGGCUCGUCGAGAAAGCACAAGAAGGGAAAGAGAAGGAAGCAAAGUAAGAAGAAUGAAAACAGAAGCAAAAAUAAAAGUAAAAAUAGAGAAGGAUCGGGGUUUUUGGGAAAGCUGAGGAGUGCAUGGGCGAGAGUGACAGGGUCGCCUCGUAGAAAACGAACUGUUUGA